GAGCAUGCGAAUGGUGACGUAGUUCAGACGUUUUCUUUUUUGCGACAAACAGUGCCCGUUUAUUAGUUUGUGGUAGUUUCCUCGGCGAUCUAAAAGUCACGUCGUCACCGUCACCAGUCUAAGCAAGGGGUAAAAAGAAUACUAUAGAAGUAACCGUUUCAGGGUCUUUUCCUGAAGUCCCGAGGUCAUGACUGAGAAAGCGCCUCUGGCAAAGCCGUACCCUUCAGCAUGAGAUCACUUGCGACAUUUGCCCUGCCUCUAGGAUCACGACAAACAUUAGCACUGGGGAGCAUUGGUUUUACAGUUUUUCGAAAGCAUCAAAAGUACAGCAUGUCUUCAAAUGGAACCCAGGAGGAGAAGGUCAGCCAGCCCCAGCCCGCCAGUGAGGCACACCAGCACCAAGCCGGCUCGACCACGCACCGCGAACUGGAUGAGUGGAAGCAUCGUGAGCCGUACCGCAUACACCAGUCAGACGAGGACUUCAUAGUGAAGUGGCGAGGCGGUUGCCACUGCGGGAGAGUCAGGUUCCAGCUGAGCCGCGAGCGGCCACUGACCUCGAAAUACUGCCACUGCAACACCUGCCAGCGCCUUCACGGCGCCCCGUUCCAGUGGUCUACCAUCUUUCACAAGAGUGACAUCAACUUUACCCACGGCCACCAUGACCUGGGCUGGUAUGACCCGACUGCAAAGUCACAGACACACCACCUCCCCUGCAAGGUGCAGUGUGCCUUCUGCCGGACGCCUCUCAUGGACGAGGGCAGGAACAUGAUUCUGCUUUAUCCGACGCUCAUCGAUGGAAUUGAUACCCCUGAGGCGAGGAAGGCAUUCGAGUCAAAGUGCCACAUGUUCUACCCGCAGAGGGUUGUUGACUUUAAAGGAGAUGGGAUCGCAAAGUGGUCUGGGCUGGAGGGUGGGAGUGACUUAUUGGAUGAUGAUGGAAAUGUCAUCAAGAAGAGGAAGCAGCAGGAGAAGGAGUAGUUGGCAGCAUCCCCAGAGCAAUUUCCUGUGUAUCAGAUGUUUCGGCCCGGAAUUUCAACAGAUUUCACUUUGGCGAUUCCGAUUAUUA